AUGACGGGAGGUACAAGUCUCAGUAAGCGCAAGUAUCCCGAGGAUGUGACCAGUCAAAGAUCGGGUCUACCAAAGAAACAGUUCUUCAGACAGAGAGCCCAUGUGAAUCCAUUCUCGGAUUAUGAACUGAGCUAUCCUAGCGCUCCUGAACAGUAUGACUGGCAUAGUUUCUAUCCAGCCCACUUCCCAAAGAAGGAAGAAGAGUCUCAAUCUGCUGGAGAAGCCAGCUCGAAUCAUGUCACUGGUCAGAAAGUAGUGGAAUUCGCAGAUAUUGGUUGUGGAUAUGGAGGCUUAAUGAUGUCCUUGUCGCCUCUCUUCCCAGAUACUCUCAUUCUCGGCAUGGAGAUCCGCGACAAGGUCGCAGAAUACGUUGAUCGGCGUGUACAGGCUCUACGAGAACAGAAUAUGGACAAGCAACGAGAUGAGACUGGCUCAUAUCAGAAUGUUGCAGUGCAUCGUAUGAAUGCUAUGAGGUUUCUGUCAAACUUUUUCAAGAAGGGACAGUUGACAAAGAUGUUCUUCCUCUUCCCUGAUCCACACUUCAAGGCCAAAAAGCACAAACACCGCAUCAUCACUCCCCAACUACUCGCCGAAUACGCAUACACUCUCCGCAUCGGCGGUCUCCUAUACACAUGCACAGACGUACGCGCACUACACGAAUGGAUGGUAAAACACAUUGACGCACACCCACUUUUUGAACGAAUCCCAAACAAGGAUCUAGAAGGUGACCCAUGCAUUCCUUGUGUCAUGAACGAUACCGAAGAAGGUAAAAAAGUAGCUAGGAAUAACGGAGACAAAUUUUUGGCUGUGUAUCGACGUAUCGAUGAUGCUCAAGAUCCAAAUUGGAAGGGGUUUGCACCAUUGUUUGAUAAAGGUGACAAGAAUGAUAAGGAGGGAGGAAAUGAGGAGGAUAGUAAUGAUGAUAAUGAUGGGGAAGGUGCUGAAGAUAAUGGUGGAGAGGCUGAGGAGGGAGGAGAUAAAAUGGUAGUAGACCGCAAUGCAGAAUAG